GCCAUGGAGCUGCUGUCGGCGCUGAGCCUGGGCGAGCUGGCGCUCAGCUUCUCCCGCGUGCCGCUCUUCCCCGUCUUCGACCUCAGUUACUUCAUCGUCUCCCUUCUCUACCUCAAGUAUGAGCCGGGCGCCGUGGAGCUGUCCCGCCGCCACCCCGCCGCGUCCUGGCUGUGCGCCAUGCUGCACUGCUUCGGCAGCUACAUCCUGGCCGACCUGCUGCUCGGGGAGCCCGUGAUCGACUACUUCAGCAACAGCGCCAGCGUGCUGCUGGCCUCGGCUGUGUGGUACCUGACCUUCUUCUGCCCGCUCGACCUCUUCUACAAGUGCGUGAGCUUCCUGCCGGUCAAGCUGGUCUUCGUGGCCAUGAAGGAGGUGGUGCGGGUCCGCAAGAUCGCAGUGGGCAUCCACCACGCCCACCACCACUACCACCACGGCUGGUUCAUUAUGAUCGCCACUGGCUGGGUCAAAGGGUCUGGCGUCGCCCUCAUGGCCAACUUCGAGCAGCUGGUGCGUGGGGUCUGGAAGCCGGAGACCAACGAGAUUCUGCACAUGUCCUUCCCGAGCAAGGCCAGCCUGUACGGGGCCGUGCUCUUCACCCUGCAGCAGACGCGCUGGCUGCCCGUGUCCAGGGCCACCCUCGUCUUCCUCUUCACCAUGUUCAUGGUGUCUUGUAAGGUGUUUCUGACGGCCACCCACUCCCACGGGUCCCCAUUCGACGUCCUGGAGGGCUAUAUGUGCCCCGUGCUGUUUGGGACGGGCUGGGCCGGCGACCACCAUGACAACCAUGGCGGCCCGCACGGUGGAGGCCCCGGCCCCCAGCACUGCCCGCCGGCCAAGACCAAGGAGGAGCUGGGCGAGGGGUCCCGGAAGAAGAAGACCAAGAAGGCGGAUUAGGGGCGGCCCAGAGGGCUCCGCAGCAGCCUCAGCCUCCUGGUACCUCGGCCGUGGCCCCCAGGGCGGGGUGCAGUGAGAGGGGUGUGUCCUCCUCCCGGGCCCCAGAGUCCCAGCUCUGGGGGCUCACGGGCUCCCCCCGGCUCCAGCCACAGCCCUGGCCAAGAUGUUCCUGGUCUGUUUCAUUUUCCUCUGGAAUGGCUUUUUUAAGGGGCUUUUUUCUUUUUUGGUACCAGGAAUUGAACUCAGGGCUUUGCGCUGGGCAGGCGGGCGCUGCGCUGCUGAGCUGCGUCCUGGCCCUGAAGUUGGUUCUUGGCUCCAAGACUCUGAGGGGCGCUCACUCCGCUCCGUCGGCGCCGCCGCCUGCGUGCCCGCUGCGACCCGGGGCAGAGGUUUCAAAGCCCCUUCUGGCCCGGGCUCCAGGGCCGGGGCUGCUGGGCGUCCCGGGCAGGUUGCUACCCAUCUCUGAGGCUCCUGCUCCCCAGCUGUAUGGCAGCGGAGACCUCUGUCCUGCCCUGCACAGAGGGCUGCUGGGAAGAUGGCCAGAGAAGGGCUCUAGGCCGGACUGGAGAGGCCAAGGUGCCCCCAAACCAAAGAAACGUGGCCAGUGGUGUGGGGCUUCCAAGCUCCGGCUCUGCCUUUGAGCCCGGAGCAUCGGCUCUCACGCAUGCUUCGCUGCGGCUCCUUGAGUCACUCGUGAAACACCCUGAACCUACUCUGGGAGCAGAGGGGUGGCAGUGAGCAGGGAGACGGCAGCGCCCUCCUCUCGGCUGUCGGGGGCGCGCGGGGUCCUGGUGUCGGAAAGUGCCUUGCCCCAGCGACCCCCGGCGGCCUCGCAGCCUGUCUUUUCCUCGUGAGUGCCCGUCCCAGCCAAACCAACCAAUAAACCCGCUGUGAAUGGACCCUUCA